ACCAAGCGCAGACUAGGCUACCAGCCUGGCUUCUUCCACUUCGCGGUUGCCGGCAUUUCUGGUAGCGGCAAGUCGUCGCUCAUCAAUGCCCUGCGCGGCCUUCGUAACAAUGACAGAGAUACCGCGCCCACCGGCGUCGUGGAGACGACAUCCAAUGUCGUUCGCUAUCCUGCUCGAGGCACUGACACGCCCUAUGUCUGGUUCGACGUUCCAGGCGCCGGGACGCUGAACAUUCCCGACUGGCAGUACUUCACCGAGCAAGGGUUGUACAUCUUCAACUGCAUCAUCGUCAUCUUCGACAUCCGCUUCACGGCCACCGAUAUCGCCAUCCUCCGAAACUGCGUACGAUUCCAGAUCCCAGCCUGGGCGGUGGCGAUGAUGAUGACGAUGACGAGGAGGAGGAUGGAGAAGGCAAACUGAGGCGCAUGGCGAAGGCGCGCGAUCUUUAUAUUCGGGAUACUCGCGCGAGUGUUGCGCAAAACCUGGAGGAGGCAGGCCUGCUUGUACAGCGGGUGUACCUGGUCGAUAAGAACGCUCUGGUGAAGGUGGUCAAGGGGACUCGGAGGAGGUCCCACGAAUGCAUUGAUGAGGAGGACUUGCUCAGAGACCUGUUUGCACUGGCAGAUAGUAACGGGGGCUCACAGGCGGUGGAAGAUGCCAGCUAGUAGGCUUGAGCAGUCGUAGAGUCGUAAGCUCCAUUUCCGCCGAAAUACUGUCUGUACACCGGGGAUUCGAGGGGGUUGUACGAGGUCGUAGUACCUGAGUGAAAUACGACGCAGGAUCAUCGCCAUGUCGACGAAUAUCAAUGGCUGGAGAGGCCGACGAACGGUCGACUGUUGAGGCGAAU